UUCCAGCGAUAAAUUCAAAAUUAAUUUUGUAUUUAUUAUAAUGAAACGAUGAUAAAGCUAUAUUUAUUUUUAAAUAUCUAAUAAAAUAUUAAUGUUAGUGAGAGAAAGUUAGAUGCAAGAAUUUGCAUUUCGUACAUUCCUCACAAAAUUUCCAUAGAUGUCAUGGUUUUCGGAUCUCGCAGGCAAGGCCGAGAGCCUGCUUAACAAUAUCGAUGAGCAGACUGGCGUAGCUCUGCGGAAUGCUUCCACUUCAAAAAAGAAACAUGAUUCUACCAAAAAAUCCGACCAUGUUUGGACACCAAAAAAAAAGUCGCCUCCACAUAUUCGAAAGGCUACUCUGCCCGAUCCUUCACGCUCUACACAAACACCUACAAACCCUGUAUCCAGAAAACCAGUCACAGGCGCACAACCCAAAACAAAUGGGCAGAAAAAUUCAUCACCUACCCGGAUGUCUGGUAGCUUUUAUAAUUCUUUAAAGGUUGUGGAAAAUGUCGUCACAAAAAACCAAUCCACCUUACGGAAAAGGCGAAACAGUUUACCGAGCAGCACAGAAUCAUACAAUAAAAAGGACUUGGUGUAUGAUAUAAAAAACUUGGAAGUGGAAAAUACAAUGUUAAAGAAUGAGAUAAAUGUUAUAAACAGUCAAGUUUCAGAAUUCAUUACAAGAUUACAGAAAACUGAAGACGAACUCAGUAUAGCACAAAAUAAAUUAGCUAGCAGUGAAAAACUGAAUAAUAUGUUUAAAAACACCAAAGAAAACCUUGAUACACAGUUAGAAGAUUUUAAAGAGCAGUUGAGUCAGAAAAAUGCUUUAGAAAUCUCAAAAUAUAAGGAGCACUCCCAAGAGUUGGAAAUUGAAGUUAAUUUAAUGGGUAAUAAAAACAAAAAUUUGUUGGAAAGGAUACAUUAUUUGGAAGAGGAAAUAAACACCAAAGAUAGCCAUAUUAAUAAAAUGGAAAAAGAGUUGAGACAUGCACAAACAAAAGUAGCAGAAUUAGAAGGUUCCAUAAACAAAAUUAGAAAUGAGAGUCUGAGUUUGGAGAAGGAUUGGGAAUCCUAUAAGUUGAGGGUAAAGAACAUGUUGUAUGCUAAAGACGGUGAGAUUAAAGCCUUGAGAGAUGGAACCAACCUUAACGAAGAUACUAAACAGUUGAUGGUGCAGGUUGAAUCUUUAAGGGAAGAGAAAGAAGAUCUAACGACACUGCUGUCUAAGUCCAAAGCCGAGCAGGAGCAGACCAGGUCCUACAUAGCCCAAGUGGAAGAGAUGAGAGCGGCUUCGGAGAGGCUGGCUGUGGCACUCCGGGAGGCGGUGCAGGAGGAGAGAAUGUCCAGGAAUAGUGCGGAGAGACGGUGUGAAGAGUUGAGUAAGGAGCUCCAAUCAGUCAAAAUGCAUAUGGGUCAAACCAUACAGAAUCUAAGGUUGGAGCUACAAGAUAAGGACGACGAGAUAAAUCUACUGCGAGAGACAACUUCGAAUGUGGAUUCUGCCAGCCCUAGCGCGCUGAACGUAGCCGACUAUGACGUCACAAACAAGAUCCAGUGUCUGACUGAACAGUUAAUACAGAAACAAGGAAAAAUCGACUCGCUAUUAGCCGAUAAUAACAUACUGAGGAUACAGCUUGCGAAGUUGGAGUCGAAAUACAAGAGCGAGGUAUCACGCGCCAAGACGUCGCACAGCGUAGUGAACUUACACGACGACGUGCGGCGAAGGAAUAUUUCUGUGUCUGCUCGGAUAGGACUCAUGAUCAGGCGGUACCCGGUGUUCAGGACUUUCAUCAUGUGUUAUGUGAUUGGCCUUCAUCUGUGGGUGAUGACAGUGUUGUUCACAAGCACGCCUCAAGAUUACGUUCCGAGAGCGACCAAACUGUAAACCUUUACAAGUAUUAAAACGAUAAAAAAACUUUCGUAUAGAUCAUCAUAAAGUUAAUAUAGGUACCUAUAGGAAUAGA